AUGGCCGCCCCAGAGUCACUCGCCAACAGCCAUGUCCUGGCGCUCCUCGAAAGCCUAGCCGACGGCAAGCGUCAUGCCUUUCUCCAGCCCACCGCCGCGAUCCCGACCGACUCUCUAAACCUUGUCAAGCACACCCUCGAAAGCUUUGCUGGGCGGGUUGGCGAUGAACAGCAGGAGAGGCUCAAGGAGAGCCGGAAACGCAAGAGGAACGCCGGCGGAAAAGAUGAUGUUCUCAAGAUGCGCAAGGUCUACAUCGACGGGUUUGAGACGGGUCAGGUAUGGCAACAGGCCAAGAGGAUCAUCGGUGGUGUUUUGAAGUACUCAGAGGAAGCCCUUGCUGAGCUCCAGGAGCGUGACGAGGUCACAGUCAAUGGAACCAGCGCGGAUGACUCCAAGCUACUCGAGUUUGGGGAGGACGGGUUCGAGGUGGGCUCUGAUGAUGAGGAUGAGAGCGAGGAUGGAUCUGAAGAUGACGACCAAGAACAAAUAUCGGACGAGGAAGCGUUGGAAGACGGUCAAGAAGACGACCAAGAAGAUGACGACGAGUUAGAGUUUGACGAAACAAGAGACGACUACGAGGAUGAGGAUGACGAGGUCGAUGGACCUGCUGAGGAGUAUGUUGAGGAUCCUGAUGGUCUCAACGAUGGCUUCUUCUCUCUCGAUGACUUCAACCGACAAACACAAUGGUUUGAGGAGCAAGACGCAAAGGGAGAUCCCUACACCGACCAAGUGAGCGACGAGGAGGACAUCAACUGGGAUGUCGACCCCAUGGCCCCUCCCAAGGCGGGUUCAAAGUCAAAGAAGGCAGAACCGCAAUCAGAAGAUGAAGAGGAUGACGAUGAGGACGAUGGCCCCACAUUUGGAGAUAUGGCUCUCGAUGCACCCGAGGGUGACAGUGAGGAUGAGGCCAUGGACAUGGAUGCCGAUAUGGACGAUGAAGGAAUGGACUUCAACGCCAACGAAGUCUACUACAAGGACUUCUUUGCGCCGCCCCCCAAGAAGUCCAAGGGUGGCAAGCCCAAAAAGUCUGUCAAGUUUGAGCCCAAGCAGCCAGACGAUGCCGAUGUCGAGAGGGCCAUGGCCGAUGUUCGGAGAGAUCUGUUUGACGACGAGUCAGAGAAUGAGGACUCUGACGAUGCUCUAUCUGACGUCUCGGCUGGAGACCCCAAGUCGCGACGCUCAGCUCACGAGCGAAGGCAAGCCAAGCUCGCUGAGGAGAUCCGCAAGCUCGAGGCUGCUUCGGUGGCCAAGCGAGAAUGGACCCUCUCUGGUGAGGCCGCUGCCGUGGACCGUCCCAUGAACUCGCUUCUCGAGGAAGACCUCGACUUUGAGCACAUCGGCAAGCCGGUGCCCGUCAUCACACCCGACAUCACCGAGGGCAUUGAGGAUCUCAUCAAGAGACGUAUUCUCGCCCAGGAGUUUGACGAAGUCAUCAAACGCCGACCCGACACUGAGGGUCUCCCCGCUGGCACACGCCGUGGCCUCAUUGAGCUUGACGACAGCAAGGCCACCAAGGGUCUGGCCGAGAUCUACGAGGAGGAGCACGUCAAGAACACCGACCCUGAUAACUACGUCAGCCAGUCGGACGAGAAGCUCCAGCGUGAGGAGAAGGAGGUCGAGGCCCUCUGGAAGGAUGUCAGCGCACGCCUCGACGCCCUCAGCUCCUGGCACUACAAGCCCAAGCCUACCGCGCCGUCCCUGUCAGUCGUCGCCGACGUGGCUACGGUUGCCAUGGAAGAUGCCCAACCCACAACAGCCCAGGGCGUCGCGGGCGAGAGCAGCCGCAUGGCACCUCAGGAGGUCUACAAGGCCGGCACCACCGAGACAGCUGCCCAGGGCGAGGUCGUCACCAAGGCCGGUCUGCCCGUGGCACGCCAGGAGAUGACGCGCGAGGACAAGACCCGUCGUCGUCGUCGCGAGAAGGAGCGCGUCCGCAAGGCAGGCGGUGUCGACGGUAAGAAGGUGGUUAGCAAAAGGGCCAAGAUGCAGCGUGACACCAUCGCCGAGCUGAGGAAGGGAGGUGUCAAGGUCAUCAACCGCAAGGGAGAGAUUACGGAUGUGGAUGGUAAGAAGGCCAAGGCCCCUAAGGUGGUAUCGAGCGGCAACUUUAAGCUGUAG